CGGUUUAUUCGAACAUUCUUUGACUAUGAUGCCAGUCGAGAUGCGCUGAUGCCUGCCGGAGAUGUGGGCAUGUCUUUUCGCGCGGGUGAUGUGCUGGAAUUGGUUGACGAUCAGGAUCCAAACUGGUGGCAGGUCCGUCCUUUGACUGGAUCUCGUGACAAAACCCGGCUCAUCCCGUCACAGACGCUGGAAGAACGUCGUCGCGCUUUCAAUCAGGAAAAAGCUCAAGCAACCACUAAUAAAAAGAUCAAGAAGAAGGUCAAACAGUUCUUUCGCGCCGCUGACUCUUCCGCUCUUCGCUUACGGUCAGACAUAUGGAGUUAUGAAGAAGUGGUCCCAUGGCCUCAAUCUAUGGUCCCAUGUCUACUAUUACUUGGGCCGUACGGUGUUGGUCGUCGCACCUUGAAAGUAUUGCUAGCCAAUCAGGAACCGAAUCGUUUUGCAUAUCCUAUCUCGGAUACAACCGACCCUUCUGCACCUCCGAAUAAUUUCCAAAUUCUGACCAAGGCCCAAAUGGAGGAAGAUGUGCGUUCCGGUGCGUAUGUAGAGUGGGGUAAAGUGGACGGACAUUACUACGGGAUCCGUUUCUCCGCAGUACGAAAGAUCAUUGCCAGCGGCCGAACUGCGGUUCUGGAUUGUCAACCACAGUCUGUCCAUUUGCUGCAUCAACCUGAGUUCAAUCCGUGCACCGUGUUCAUUGCUGCCCCGACAUUUGAAGUGGCGAAACGAAUGCUAGACGACGGUAUUCGACAUGGUUUGACCAAAAACACACGUUCGGAUGACGAGUUACAUGAUAUUAUUGAGGAGUCGCGUACUCGAGCAGCUCAGUAUCGCCACUUAUAUACCCAUUUACUGACGAAUUCGAAUAUGAAAGAAAGUGUCGCAAAACUGAGUCGCUUGGUCAGCCGUAUCGAGAAACAGCCCAGUUGGAUUCCGUCUGGUUGGGCGUACGAAUUGAGUGUACCAACAAUGUCUGCUCAUCGUUCGAAUGGGGCUGUUUUCGUACCGGGCUCCAGUAGUCUCAGCGCACUGGGCAUUCAAGGUCUUCCACCAUUUCGUCCAUCAACUAUCACGCGAUCUGUUCUCUCCGGAAUCUCAGAGGCGUCUGCGGAGUCCGCUUCCCGUUUGGCUCGACCACCGAGUAUCUCCAGUUCCACUGGUUUACGCGAUUCUGAUCGGGGUGGUGGGCCUGAACAUUGGCGUCGUCUUUACGAAAAACGUCGAAAGCCUCANUCUCCGGCCAUCCCCGAACAAGAUACACCAUCCGAAUCCAUGGUGAGCCAUGCCGUCGAUCCAUCCGCCUCACACGUGUUCAGUCGUCCAACUACAGCUGAUGCUGGUCACUCAGCUACAAAGUCACACGUACCAACGCCAGGUUCGUCCGUACGAACCAGCGGUUCUCAUUUGCGUGAAACACAUCACGAGUCGAGCUCAAGCAAGCAAUCCUGGAUUAUGAAGAUGUUUCUCGUUGUGAAUAUUGAUGUCGAUCGGCGCUUCCAAGGUUCCCUGAAAUCCAGCGAAUCAUCGGAUUCCGUACGUACCGCAAUCCCCUGA